CAGGUUCAGUGCGCGUCGAACCGACGCUGAGGUAACACGUAUUGUGAUUAAAUGUAAAUGUGAAUACGAAAAAAAAUGGCAAAUUUAGUUUACGUGUUGUUAUUAGCUUCGUAUUUCUGCUUUGUUAGUGGACGUGCAUCGCCGGCGGACGACGCGAUACGUUAUCCAGGGGAGGUGGAGCCGAAAGUAAGGUCCUUCGGCACUGGAGAAUCAUGCACGACGCCCAACAACGGUAAAGGCACGUGUAAGUCGAUAUACGAGUGCGAAGAGCUUCUCAAACUGGUGUACAAGAAGGACAGGACGCAGCAGGACACGGAUUAUUUGAAGAAGUCCCAGUGCGGCUUCAUGGGCAACACACCAACGGUGUGCUGCCCGAACCCUUGCAUCACGCCGCAGGGAGAGCCAGGGCAAUGCGUCAGCAUUUACGAAUGCACUAAUCUCGCCAAUUUGCUGAAGCCACCCAUUACCGCCGAUACGUAUAACUAUGUGCAGAAGUCUAGAUGCCAAGGGGCAGAUCAGUACAGUGUCUGCUGCGGAUCAGCGCCAAACUUCCCUUCCAGUGGCGACUGCAAGGCUUCCGUUUCCGCCUUCCCGCCAGAUCCCAAGUCCAAGUGCUGCGGUGUAGACAGCAGAGUCGGGAACAAAAUCAUUGGUGGAAAUGCGACAGACGUAGACCAAUACCCAUGGUUGACCAUCAUCGAGUACGUGAAGACCGGCCCCAUUAAGCUGUUGUGUGGUGGCGUCCUCAUCAGUGGAAAAUACGUGCUGACAGCCGGACACUGCCUCACGGGACCCGUUUUGCAAAUUGGCACACCAACAAACGUCCGCCUGGGAGAAUACAAUACGAAAAACGACGGCGCGGACUGCGUGACGGUAGAGGCUGGGGGGAUGGACUGCACAGAGGGAGCGGUCAUCGUGCCCAUAGAGAAGACAAUACCGCACCCGGAGUACAACCCCAUCAGCAGGACGAGGAGGAACGACAUAGGACUCAUCAGGCUGAAGGAGAUGGCGCCGUUUACUGAUUUCAUCCGUCCCAUCUGCCUGCCAAGCUUGGACCUGACGCAGGCUCCGCCGGUGAACUUCACGCUGUACGCCGCCGGUUGGGGAGCUGUCAGCACCUCACAGCCCAGCAGCAACGUCAAACUGCACGUCCAGCUGCCGUUCAUCAGUUACGAGCGAUGUCAGCCGUCGUACGCCGUACAGAACAGACAGAUCGAGUUGUGGGAGAAGCAAGUGUGCGCGGGCGGCGAGGCUGGCAAAGACUCCUGCAAGGGUGACUCCGGAGGUCCCCUCAUGUUCGAAAACGGGCAGACUUACGAAGUCAUCGGCAUAGUCUCUUUCGGACCGACGCCGUGUGGAAUGCAAGAUAUACCAGGCGUGUACACUAAAGUACACUCUUACAAAGAUUGGAUAAUAAGUAACAUAAAGCCGUAGGUUUUGAUAAUGUGGUCAUUGUAAAUGAGAUUACGUAAAACUAUUCAGUUCGAAGUGUUCUAAUUAUAAUCCAUAUUUACGUCGCUAUAAGGUAAAAAUCUUACGAGUCAAACUUAUUUAUGAGCAAUAAAUAUUAAUGAAGAUAAUAUUAAUGAUCAAGAAAUAAUAAAGUAAGUUAUCGUUAUGAUUUCUUAUGUUUACGCGAAUGUUAGACAUUGAAAUAAAACUAUUUCGCAUUCAACAAAGUCUUCGAAACGUCGGGAGAAAAUUGUAAUACAAAAACGCGAUUAAUUCCGAAAAAAAUAGUUUUAUUUCAAUAUAGGUAAUAUACGACAUAAAGGAUGAACUCUCUUAAAUAUAAAUAGUGUAGUGUUUUUAUAUUUUUUUACAAUUUACAUAAGUUUAUUCAAAGUAAAACAAAACAUUCUUCACUAUAGAUAGCAUUAUAACUCAAUAUACUCAUUAUUUGUUUAAAAUGCUUACUAAAGUCAAUUCGAAUGUGUUUUAUAUUUUAACGCUAUUAUAUGUCAUAAUAUUAAUAAUACACGUUUAAGUUAUCUUCAAAGAAAACACUUAUUUAAUCUAAUCAUAGCUUAAAAUGGUCGGUUUGCUGAUGUUAAAACCCGCCAUAGUGGCUCACGUUAGUGUGUCGCGUUCCAGGAUCAGCCUGUGUAUAAUCCGGUUCCAACUGGCCGGGAUAAUUGUAUCGACUGUCGAAGGGCAAUCAUCUCUCGUCUCUAAGUUUUUUAAUAUAAAUUUCAACUUUGCUAGCUCCACGCGUUCUUUAAAAAAAUGGCUCUUGACAGACAGAGAGACUGACAAAGGUGAUCCUGUAAGGGUUCCUUUUGUAGUACGGAAUAAUAUUUUUGAAACUUAUUAGCAAUGAUUAAAAGUUAAUUAAAUUUAUCAAUAAAGUUACACUAUUACGAUAUUUUAAAAUAAUGUUGGGAUGGGAUGAUCUCAAUAGCCCUCCUUGAUAAUACUAUAAUUUUUUAUUAAGAUUCUAAAUAAGAUUAUGUGGUAAUAAACUAUUUUUAUAAAG